UGUAAUAACAUCUCCGUGGCUGUUGCGGUUGUUUAACUUUCAGCUUCAGUUAAUUUAUAUUCAUUCCACUAAAUAACCCAGUGUGCGGAAUUUAGACAUUGUUUACUCUAAAACUAUAUGUUUCAGCCGGUCUUUUUGUGAUGAACACCGUCUCCGGUGACCUCUGCUUGUGUAAACUCCGCUGCUUGUGUAACAUGAACGUUAGCUAGCAGCGUUAGCUAGCGUUAGCUGCACCACAGUCAGGUACCUGCAGCUGUUGUAGCUGUGUAAGCUAGUUAGCUGCCUGUUCAGAAAGCCAGCUUGUAGUAAGUUUUGAGAUGUUUGCCCAAGUGAGAACACGCCUGGGCUCGACUUUGGUCAAACUGCCCAGUUGUUUAGGUUCAAGGGCGACGAGAGGAAUAACACCUGUCUUCUGCAAACACCAGCACCGGAGUUUCAGCUCAGAGUCUGCUGGUGUCCGGGUGCUGUACGAUGGGCUUUGUCCUAUAUGCGUGACAGAGAUCCGUUUCCUCGAGUUUCUGCAGAGAAAUGAGUCUGGGAAAGUACAUUUUAUUGAUAUCGCCCUGCCAGACUAUGAUGGAGCAAAAUACCACAACGUCACCUAUGAGAUGGCCAUGGAGGUGAUGCAUGUGAUCGAUGAGAAUGACCAGAUUCAUCGUGGGAUCCCAGCGUUUGCUGUCAUGUACAGUGCAGUGGGCCUCGGCUGGUUGGGUCGCUUCAUGAUGUGGUCGCCUGUGAGGCCACUUAUGGACAAAUCUUAUGCCAUCUUUGCAAAGAAUCGCCUUAAGUGGACCGGACGUGGGGAGGAGUGCAUGACAGGACGCUGUGAGAAGAAAAUACAGUGAUUCUUGACCUCAGACAAAAAGGAACUGUUCAAACAGGUUAUGAAUAAGUGCAUAAACACCUCAUGGUCAUUCCUGUAUAGCCACUGGUUUAUCAUAAACCUGACAUUAAAGGUUAAUAUAUGUUGCUAAAGUUAAA